AUGACAGAGUGGUAUCAGAGCCCAGAUUGCAGGUCAUGUAGACUGUUCAUGUACACGACUCAAAGCGCAUGGAGUAUAACAGUGCCAAAAAAUGCAAAUGGGUUUCCAAGAGGUGCUGAAAAUCAAGGGCCAUACCAGGCAAGACCAGUCGAGAUAGUUGGAGAAAGAUUCCUAAAAUUAAAUCCACUUGUUUUCGAGGACGCUGCAGAUCCAGUAGAAGCAGAAGAUUGGUUGAGAACGGUGGAUAACAUGUUCCAAUAUAGCAGAGUUUCUGAGGAGGAAAAAGUUAUGUGUGCCUCUUUUAUAUUACAUGGUAGUGCCGGGCAUUGGUGGGAUACAAUCAAGUGUAUCGAAGAUGUGACUACCAUGACAUCAGACCGAUUCAAGGAGCUCUUCAGAAGCAAAUAUUUUACAGCUCCCAUACGAGCAAUGAAGAUGAACGAGUUUAUACAACUGAGGCAGGGCGGAAUGACAGUUGCAGACUACAUCCGCAAAUUCGAACGACUCUCAAGGUUUGCAGAACAUAUGGCCAGUACUGAUGCUUUGAAAACGGAGCGCUUCCUCAAAGGUAACCAUAACUUUAUAGAGACGUUUGCAUGGCUGGGGUACAUUGAUCUACUUACUCACAAGUAG